GCGCGGGGCAGCGCAGGUUCCCGUCGGCGCUCGGUGCGGCCUGGCACUGCGAGGAGGGGCGGCCGCGGCCCCGCGCACGGCUAUGGACCCGGCCGAGGCCGUGCUGCAGGAGAAGGCCCUGAAGUUCAUGUGCUCUAUGCCCAGAUCUCUGUGGCUGGGCUGCUCCAGCCUGGCGGACAGCAUGCCCUCGCUGCGAUGCCUGUAUAACCCAGGGACUGGCGCACUCCCAGCUUUCCAGAACUCCUCUGAGAGAGAAGACUGUAAUAAUGAUGAGCCCCCUAGGAAGAUCAUUCCUGAGAAGAAUUCACUUAGACAGACCUACAACAGCUGUGCCAGACUGUGCUUAAACCAGGAAACAGUAUGUCUAGGAAGCACGGCUAUGAAGACUGAAAAUUGUGUGGCCAAAACAAAACUUGCCAAUGGCACUUCCAGUAUGAUUGUGCCCAAGCAGAGAAAACUGUCAGCAAGCUAUGAGAAGGAGAAGGAGCUCUGCGUCAAGUACUUUGAGCAGUGGUCUGAGUCUGACCAGGUGGAGUUUGUGGAGCACCUCAUCUCCCAGAUGUGUCACUACCAGCACGGACAUAUAAACUCGUACCUCAAGCCCAUGUUACAGAGGGACUUCAUCACUGCACUGCCAGCUCGGGGAUUGGAUCACAUUGCUGAGAACAUCCUGUCCUACCUGGAUGCCAAAUCGCUGUGUGCCGCUGAGCUGGUGUGCAAGGAGUGGUACCGCGUGACGUCGGACGGCAUGCUGUGGAAGAAGCUGAUCGAGAGGAUGGUCAGGACAGACUCGCUGUGGAGGGGGUUGUCAGAGAGGAGAGGAUGGGGACAAUACCUAUUUAAAAAUAAACCCCCUGAUGGGACUGCUCCGCCCAACUCCUUCUACAGAGCACUUUACCCCAAAAUUAUACAGGAUAUAGAGACAAUAGAGUCAAACUGGCGGUGUGGGAGGCACAGUUUACAGAGAAUCCACUGCCGUAGUGAGACAAGCAAAGGCGUUUAUUGUUUACAGUACGAUGAUCAGAAGAUAGUCAGUGGCCUACGAGACAACACUAUCAAGAUCUGGGAUAAAAAUACGUUAGAAUGCAAACGAAUUCUCACUGGACACACGGGUUCUGUCCUGUGCCUGCAGUAUGAUGAGCGGGUGAUCAUCACUGGAUCUUCAGACUCGACUGUCAGGGUGUGGGAUGUGAACGCAGGCGAGAUGCUGAACACACUGAUUCACCACUGUGAAGCAGUGCUGCACCUCCGCUUCAAUAACGGCAUGAUGGUGACGUGUUCCAAAGACCGUUCCAUUGCUGUGUGGGACAUGGCUUCACCAACAGACAUCACCCUGAGGAGGGUGCUCGUAGGGCACCGCGCUGCUGUCAACGUAGUGGACUUUGAUGACAAGUACAUCGUGUCAGCGUCAGGUGACAGAACUAUAAAGGUAUGGAACACUAGUACCUGCGAAUUUGUGCGCACCUUAAAUGGCCACAAACGAGGCAUUGCAUGUCUGCAGUACAGAGACAGGCUAGUAGUGAGCGGCUCUUCAGAUAAUACUAUCAGGCUGUGGGAUAUCGAGUGUGGGGCAUGUUUGCGAGUACUGGAAGGCCACGAAGAGCUGGUGAGAUGCAUCCGCUUUGAUAACAAGAGGAUAGUCAGCGGGGCAUAUGAUGGGAAAAUUAAGGUGUGGGAUCUGGUGGCUGCUUUGGACCCCCGUGCUCCAGCAGGGACCCUCUGCUUACGAACCCUUGUGGAGCAUUCUGGAAGAGUUUUUCGACUUCAGUUUGACGAGUUCCAGAUUGUCAGCAGCUCACAUGAUGACACCAUCCUCAUCUGGGAUUUUCUGAAUGACCCAGCUGCCCAAGCAGAAUCCACUCGUUCCCCAUCCAGAACAUACACCUACAUCUCAAGAUAAAUAACAGUACACUGUACCUCACACUCGCACAGGACUCAUUUAAGCUGCAGUAUUUAUAUUAUCUGCCAAUGCCAGGACAAAAGAACUAUCCACGUAACCAAUACUUGCCGAAGAGAGAAGGCUCUCAGACUUGUUUCUGGAACAAAGUUGGCAUGCGGUUGAUCUCAGACAGGGUCUACUCAGCGUGGCUGACUGCUAAAGUGCUGCUAUAUCAGAAGAUGACUUUUAUCUUUCGUGAACUAAUAACAUUUUUAAACCUCCCCAUCCCUUUCCUCCCUCAUUCCCAUUUUCCUGUUCACUCCCCUUCCUUUUACCCUGUUUGGUUUCCCUCCAAACCCAGUCACAGAUGUCCUGUGAAUAUAUUUAAGAUGUUGCCAGAAUGUGUUGCUUUGCUGUUAAGCAGAAGACUUACAGUCACAGUUCACCCUGUUGGGAGAGUCACCUCAGGGUGGGAGGGUGGGUGGGGAGGAGGCUGCUACUCUCCCACUGAAAUCCAUCUCCAUUGCUAGCCUUUUUAAAAGCAUUCAGCUCUGAAGAGCGACAGAAACGCCAGACCUCACCCCCCACACCCACUGCAGCUUUUGGCUGUUCUGACCAUUCUUUUGGAGGGAGGACCCUUGAAAUUUGACUAUGAUGAGCCAAAUCCAUCUCUGUUCUCUCCUGCCUGCUCUGCUAACCCUCUGAAAGCUGGAUGUGCAUUGUAGUCUCCUUUAACAUCUGCUUGGCUGGGGAACGCUAUUCAGUGAAAAGUUAAGCUCUCCUCUUGCAAAGUCCCAAGCAUGAGGGACUGGGGCUGAUGUCCAGCUCCCCCUAUCCUGGUGCAGCAUUGUCUGAGGGCAGUAUUUCCCUAACAAAGGAAUCAUUUGUGCAAAGGACAAUCUAACCCCUGUUUUUCUCCCUGAAGGCAGUGUGUUGCCAAUGGCUUAGGAACCGUUCUCUGUUUUGGAUGAGGUUUGAGGCUGGGGCGAGGAGGGGAGCUGGAUAUGCCCCUGCCUUUCCAUCCAAAAGCACAGUCCCCUGGUGAUGGCAGGUGGGUAGUGGUGGCCAUGAGCACAGGCAGUAGGGUUAGCAGUUCUGCAGCAUAUCUGGGGCUGGCCUUGCUAAAAAGCCUUAGGUGGGAGGGAUAAGAUUGCCUUUGUGUGUGCUUCUCUAACCUGUGUGCAUGCUGCAUUGCGGUUUAGGGACACAGGAUGAUUAGUCCCUUUGCUGGUAGCUGAGCUGGAUCUUUGCUCUCUAGCUGAGCCUUUUGCAAAUUGCUGUUGUUUAGAAGAUAAAAAUAGCCCUGGAGGGGAGGGACGUGUGAAACAAUUCUGCAUGUCUCUGAACUAGACAGAGAUCUGAUGUGACACGGCUCUUUUUACUGAGCUGAAGGGAAUUGCAGCAGGCCUGCAACUGGAUUAGGAAAGGGUGUAUAUCAGUCCCUGGCCAUUCCAGGCCAUGCCCACAUCUUAAAUAACCCUCAAUGCUUCAGUGGGGAGUUCCAGUCCUGCAGUGGGAAACAGGGUCCUUUGUCUCUGGGCUGGAAGGGUUUUAAAAGGGUUUAAAAGGGUUUAAAAGCGUUUCUAAUACCCUUUAAACUUGGAACUUGGCAGAUGGGAUGUUUUAUUCAGCUAUUCUCAUCAGUUUCACUUUGCUAGGAAAGCAGUUGUGUUGUUUCUAAUUGCUUGGGAUGUGUUUUUUCCACCAAUGAAGUUUUGCAAGGAGCUGGACCCAGAGAGCAGUCCAGAGGGCUUAAAUUCUUCUGGUGAUGGUCAGGAUGGACAAGAUGGCAAUGGAUAUAUGGGGGAAUGGAAAGCAGGUGCUUGGGGAGCACCUGGUGUAGUUCCUGAAAUGCAUGAGCAGCAGUGCUGAGCACCCAGCUCCUGUAUUUUCAUUGAGCACGGAGACUGCAUCAGUUCAAAGGAGCAGCUAAGAGCAUGUGAUGACACUCCCGUUUUCUGUUUGAACUAUUGCUGUAAAAAGGGUCUCACAGGUUAGCUCUACUCUGCUCAGGUAGCACUGACAGUAUGACUUACCUCUGCAGAGUCCUGAAUGUUCUGGAUCAUAAUAAUAUGUUCAUCUGCAACUAAUGAUGCUACUUUUGAGUCUAAGAAGGUUGCUGUGGAUUUCAGACAGUUAUACAUAUCAGGUGCACUGCAGUCCCAGAGCAAAACUGGCAGGGGAGCAGAAAGCAUCCAGGUUUACACCCCAGACUUCUCUCAGUUGAAGUUCAGAGUCUAAUUCUUAAUCCUACUUGCACGUGGUUCCUCUUAGUUCAGUUACUACAAGGUCUGCAGCAUGGUUACAUAUCAGUAGGGGAUAAACCUUGGCUUCAGAUCUAAUAGUCACUUUCCUCAUCUUGUCUGGUUGUCCUCUGUCUUUUAUGUUUAGGUUACUGUGGAAAACAGUGAUCUGUUACUCCAGCCUCUGACAGCUGCAGAACUUCCUAAUAUUUUAGUUGCUUGCAUCUUUGUGGGUAGCACCUGCAGAGGUAUGUUUUUAUUUUACCAUCUGCAGAAGUCUGGGAGAACUAGAAGACUGGCUGGCCAGGCGCAGGGAGCGCACUGGUGCAGAUUGCCAUGGUUGUCAUAGCCCUGCUGCUCCAUGCUGCUGUGUUGUAACUUCUAAGUGCUGGGUAUUUCAAGUGGUACUGUAGUUUAAACUCUGCUGUCUAGAGCUGUUUAAGGUACAGGUACAGUUUGUGACAACAGCUGAACUCCCGUUUUUUGGCAAACAUAGGAACAGUGUCUCCCCUUCAAGUAGGGGCUGUGUCUGGGUACUUCAUACAGAACUGCAGGAGGGUGAGGAUUCUGAACCCAUCCCUGAGUUGUACACAUUUUCUGAUAGCUAGGAAGGAAACUGAAGUGAACUGAUGUAACUUGAACUUGAAGCUGCCACAGGCUGGCACUUGGUGGUGUUCAUUGUGCACCCAGGGAGGAGCAAUCUGGUAAGUACAUCUCCCAGAGUCAGAGGAGAGUGGCUUUUUCAAACUUCCCCCCCCCGUAGGAUACAUGUGCUUGUGUGUGUGAGAGUGCAAGAACACCUGUGAGAGAGGUUUCAGCAUGAACUGAAUGGGUAAUCCCUCAGCCAGGUUGGAGUAAUUGCAGAGCUUAUGAUGAAAAGAGCUAGCACCUGCCUGCAGAAAGGAGAUAAAAGGGGCUGGAGGUGUCUGUGGGCUUUAAGUGUUGCACAUCACUUUGAAAUGAAAUACCUCUGCUGCAUAGAGAUCAUCACUUCUCCCACAAGCAGGGAGCUCGCAGAGCUUUCCCCUUGGACUGCGGGAUCCAAGUACUGCAGGUGUGGGACAUCAGAGCAGGACAGUUCCUCUAGCCACACCGUCUACUGCUUGUGACUCCUUUGGCAAUAGGACACCGUCUUGCUGCAAAUAUUUCUCAUCCUCAGAGGAAUUCAGCUUGCUUUAAAAUAUGCAAAUAGAAAAUGGCACGAAGGAAUUUGCAGCGAGAGAACUUGUGCGGCUGUCUCCUCCCCAUUAACCUUCAGGGACAGACACGUCCGCUACUGGAAGGGAAGGAUGCAGGUGACAAGUUGAGAAGCCUGAUCAUCAGAAAUGUUGAAAUGCUUUACACUUGUUCCUAAACUGGAAGCUGACUUGGACCACCGUGCUCCACCUACCUGCCACCUGCUCCUGCUCUAAAGGAUCCUUUUUUCUUUUUUUUUUCUUUUUUUUUUUUUUU